AUGAAACGGAUGUAUAUUCCAUGGCUUCGGCGGUGUUCUACUGUCUUGCCGGUAUUUAUUUUUGUUUGGUUUUUCAUUCUACUAUCCAUUAUCUAUAGGGCAAAUUUUUCAAGUCGACACAUAUCUUUACAAAAAAGAAUUUCGGAGACAUACACUUUUGAUAUUGAGUACGAUUCAACGAAACAUUCUACAAAUACUAUUUUUCACGUGGAACCGUGGAAUUAUGAUUAUGAUUCGGAAGACGAAACAUAUACAAUUCAAACAACGCGGAAACCAAUAUCAGUUUCAGCAUAUUCAUUGACAUCGGCUCACACGACCGUGCCGAAAACUUCAUUAUCUACAUCAGCAACGACUAAAAUGGCCGUGCAGUCUUCUUCAGAACUGCCUGGUGCGACGCAUGUUAGUGAACCUAUGGCAGCAACUAACUCUAUAGGAGGGGCGUUUCAGAAAACAGUGACUGGCGAUUUUUAUUCAAAGUUUAUAGACGAAGUCGAUCACGCAAGGUCUCAAGAUAUACUGGACCUACUACCGAAGCGGACCAACAUCUCCGACAAGUCAUUUCAAGGAAAAAAUGGUGGGAAGUACAACGCCGAACGAAUCGUUCAUCAGCUAAAUCACGUGCCAAGCACUUAUAAUUCCACGAAUGUUAAAGUUGUAUAUCUCUCGGGUAACCAAGGCUAUUGGCAUCAUCUGCCAGGAAUGACCGCGUUUGAGCAGUGUCGUAUUAACGCUUGUAAAAUUACAUACGAUACAAAAUAUGGACCAGACGCUGACGCGCUGGUUUUCAGCAAUCCAGGGCAACUACCACGUAAACCUCCAUUCCCUAGGAAGUCUACGAAACAAGUUUGGGUGAUUUCUAUGAUAGAAAACCCUAUAAAUACGAGGGUCUUGAAGAAUUACAAUGGGAUUUUUAAUUGGACCAUGACCUACAGAACGACAUCUGUGAUAGAAACGCCCUAUUUCAAAUACCAAAUAUACAAAAACACUCAACCAAACCAGGAGACAAAUUAUGCCACUGGGAAGACAAAAAUGGUAGCUUGGUUGGUAUCAAAUUGUAUAAGAACCAAAAGUGGGAGGAUGACUUAUGCCAAAAAACUUGCUAAAUAUAUUGACGUCGAUAUCUAUGGCGCGUGUGGGACAAAACGUUGUCCGAGAAAAGAGGACAAGAAGUGUCUGCGCAUGCUGGAGACUGAUUACAAGUUUUACCUGGCGUUUGAAAACACCAAGUGUUUGGAAUACGUUACAGAAAAAGUCGUCAGGGCUUUAGAAAAUAAAGUAAUACCUAUAGUGUUAGGCGCUCCGAAGGCCACGUACAAUGCGAUACUUCCGAAUGGAUCUUUCAUUCAUGUAGAGGACUUCCGGUCUCCAGAGGAACUUGCUCAAUAUUUACACAAAUUGAAUAAAAAUGAUACACUAUACAGUGAGUACUUCCGGUGGCGUGAACAGGGUGAGUUUAUAGAGACGAAACCAUGGUGUCGUUUAUGUGGACUUCUCCAUGAACCUCUCCUACCGCCAAUGUGGUUUGAUGACAUUGAACACUGGUGGCGACCAAAGGACGUUUGUAUAGGUGCAUCGGAUUGGACAGAUGAGAAAUCGCCUUUAACACUUUCAGACUGA